AUGCAGACCAUUGCUCUCAUCCUGAUUGUCGCCUGCGCCGGCACCAACACGCUACGCUUCGCUUGUCAAGCAGCUGCACCGUUGGCGGGUGUUCCAGCACCGGUCCCCAGCGUACCGGCACCCAGUGCCCCGCUUCCGAAUGCACCGGCUCCUGGUGUCCCUGUUUCUGCUCCCGGUAUCCCGACUCCGAAUGCCCUUGCUCCCAGUGUUCCUGUUCCUUCCCCGAGUGUGCCUGUGCCGGCUCCCGGUCUGCCAGUUCCUGCGCCGACCCUGCCGGUGGCCUGCAAACGGGCUGGUGCUACCUGUACCGCCGAACAGAAGGCGCAGUGUGCUGUGCUAAUUGUCGCUAAUGAUUCGUUGAAUGCCAUGGAGCACGAGCCGAUGCACGUUCGGAUAUGUCUUUUGGCUGAUUAUAUGCUCAUCGUUGUCGCCUGA